AUAGACAAUAAUAUUUGUAAUACUGAGUGGUGUUGCUCAAUAGAUUCUGUAUUUGUUAUAGAUACUGGGGGGAAAUGUGGACACCCACCUCCCGUGGAGAAUGGAGACAUUGUGGAGAUACCCAAGGCAACCUAUUUCCCGUCUGAAACUGUAACUUAUCAGUGCCAAAAUUUCUAUACAAUGGAAGGUUCUCCAAGAGUGACUUGUCAAAAUGGUCAUUGGUCACAACCACCUACAUGUAGAGUUGCUUGUACAGUAAAUGACGAAGAUAUGAGAGAACACAAUAUAAGUCUGAAGUGGAGCUACAGGAACAAAAUAUAUGUUGCAGAUGGAAAUACAGUAGAAUUUGUAUGUUUAAGAGGCUAUAAACAACAUCCAAAUACCAGAUCAUUAAGAACUAAUUGUGCGGAUGGGAAAUUUGAUUAUCCAGAUUGCAUUCCUGUAUGUAUAUUUUCAGAAAAUUACUUUAAUUCACAAAUAUUAACAUUUCUUUUCUUUGUCUAUAUCUAUAUACCUAUACAUCUAUAUCUAUGCAUUAAAAAUCACUUGAAAUAUUUGAAAGAUCUAGGUCUGGCAGCUAAAUUUGUGGAUGUAAUGGAUUCUAAG